CAAUAUUGGUUCAGCACAAUAGUCCGGCAAUUUGCUUCAAGUUCAGGAUGUCAGUUCCAAAGCCAGUUGGGCCAUCCGUUUCAGCUGCACACGGGACUUCUGCAGACGUCUUUCUGCACAAAAAUCACAGGAGAAGGCAUGUCAUAGAUUUACCCCACAAUUUUAAAACACUAAAAGAUCAAGUGGAUAGUCUCCGUGCACGUUGGAAGGUCGUCAGUGACGAUAUAAAUCAUCAAUCAGCGACCAGGCAGAGAAACGAUAAUCAUGGAGCUUGUCAUAGUGAAAUAGAGUGGAUAUUGAAAUAUUACCAAGAGAAUAUUGUCAACCGGUACAAAAAGCUAGUUGGAAUUGAAUCAGGUGGAAACCAAACCCCAGUCCAUGAAUUGUCAGCCGCUUCCAAAGGUUGGAAGAACAAAUUUCGUAACCCAACAUUCUACAAGCUUGCAAAGCUGGAUAAAGACGUUCUCAAGUUUGCGACUGAAGUCACCAAUCUGGAAAAUAAGAUUACACUUGAGCAUGUUACUAGUCGGAUAAAUCCAGAAAUUGUUGUAAGACAGAGUGCUAAAGAACUAACUCAUGUGCCUUCACAUCAAACGGUCCUUGAUAGCCUUUUCAUUGAUGGCCUGGUGCGCUGCAAGAGGAUUAUCAUCCACGGAGAACCACAAGUUGGAAAAACAAAUAUUUUGAGAAACUUGAAUAACCGGUUGGUUCAAUGCCCUCCUGGCCUGGAAUUGGACUAUGUCAUUUGGGUGACCUUUCCAACUCAUCUGCCGGAGCCAGAGGACAUCAUCACUGACAUACAAGACAAAAUUCUUCAACGUCUGGGCUUAAAUGGGCAGAGCAGUGGAAGUGGGAAAAAAGUAGUAAUAUUUAGAGCACUGCAUGAGAAAUCAUAUUUGCUGCUUUUUGACGGGUUCUCUUCCUCAAUUGAGCUUGAGGACAUUGGAAUCUCUGAAGAACAUGUGCACGGGAAAGUCAUCAUUGAAGCUAAAGAUCCAUAUCUCCUGAGGAAUUUUCCAGUCGACAAAGCAAUCAAAUUAGAGAGGUUACCACCCCAAGAUUCAAGGAAAUUGUUUGAUAAGAUCAUUGAUGAUGAAACACUUUGUGAACAAAACACAGUUCUAGCUGACUUGAUUGUUAAGGAGCUUGGUGGGCUUCCAGGGGUGAUCACAUCUGUAGCUGGGCAGCUGAAAAUUAAUAAACGAGUACAAUUUUGGGAAGGUAUGAUUCGAAGAUUGAAAGCAGAUAUUUGGGACAAUAAUCUUCUGGAAUUGGCAGGUUUGGCAGCAGUAAAAUUGGCUUUUGAUACAGCUUAUAGUAAAUUGAAAGAGAAUGAUCGAAAGUGCAUACUUUAUGCAGCAUUGUUUCCAAAAGACUUCACAAUUCCGAUAGAUAUUUUGGUCGAAUGUUGGAAAGCUGAAGAGUUUCUAUGGUGUCCUAUUCCUACACUCUCUCACGCACGAAGAGAAGGAGCGUGUGUACUCAAACAGCUGAUUGAGCUUAAUCUCUUAGAGAAGUGUUUUGAACACCAUGUCAAGAUGCCAAUAAUCUAUAGGAGACUUGCACUUGAAACACCUUUCCCUGGGGAGAAAAAUGCAACGUCCUUUGUCAGGUCGGGUCCAGAGAUAGACAGACACCUAAAAGACAAAGAAUGGGAGAUGGCCAGAAGGGUGUGUUUGAUACAAAGCCAAUUAGAGGAAUUACCUGCGAGCCCGAAAUGUGAGGGCAUGUCAACACUAUUUCUGCAACUUAACCCAAACUUGACAAGCAUUGAGGAACCGUUCUUCAGAAGGAUGCAGAACCUUCGAGUUUUGGACCUGCACAGCAAAGGAAUAAAAUUGUUGCCUCCCUCUAUCUCCUACUUGAUGUCACUCCGGAGUUUAUACCUCAACAAUUGCUGUGACUUAACCGUGCUGCCACCUGAAAUAGUGAAACUCAAGAAGCUUGAAGUUCUUGAUAUUCGAGGCACCUCAAUCCAUUGUUUGCCCGAAGAGAUCAGCAGUUUGUUUGGCCUUAGGUGCUUGAGGUUUUCAUUUGUCCUUGAAGCAUGCAAUCCCAAUCCGGAGCUAGAACGGACAUGGCUGAUAUUUUCCCCCGGAAUGUCUGACCAGCUUGACAAGCUCGAGGAGUUGACUAUUGUCUUAGUAAAUGGAAGCAAUGACGGCAUUGUUGAUCGAAUAAAGGCAGAGGUGCUUGAAUUUGAGAACAAAAAUAACCAGUUUAAGUUAAUUCUUCAUAGGCCGUCCCAAUCAGUGGACCAAGGGAAUCUCGUUCAACUAAAGGGAAAGGCAGUAUACCUUCCGAAUCCAAGUGUUCCUGCAAGUCAUGCUCAUGAGCCAACAACAGGAAACCAGUCUCCGAGAUCAGACAUCAAGAGUUGUGUUCUCAGAAUGAACAUCCAUUGUGAUGGUUGCAAGCAAAAGAUCAAAAAGACAUUGCUGAAAAUUGAUGGAGUUUAUGCUGUUAAAAUGGAUGUAGACCAACAAAAAGUUACUGUGACAGGAAAUGUUGAUCCAGCUACACUGAUAAGGAAGCUUGCCAGGGCUGGAAAGCGCGCAGAAUUGUGGGGAGCACAGAAAGGCGGGGGUGGUGCAUUCAACUUGAACAACCAGGUCAAGAAUAUGCAAAUUGAUAACUUUAAAGGUGGGGAAGAUAACACAAGACGGGAGGGUGGGAACAAAAAGAAGCCAGGAAGAGGUGGUAGUGGUGGAGAUAACAAGAAGAACGAAUCAAAAGAUGAUGCCGUGAGAGACUACCCGGCUCUUCCCCCGCCACCAGGUAUUUUGGAACAUUACCCACCGGACUACCACCCACACUACCCGGCACCGAUGCAAUAUCCGUACCCGCCACCCGUGCAGGCAUACUACGCUGCACUGCCGGCAGACUACGCCGGGAGUGCGGAGGAGGAUCCAAAUGCUUGUGUCAUAUGCUAA